AUGGAAAGUCAACAACAAGAAAAACAAGAAUUUAAGAGAAUUCAAAAUCAUCGGGCCUAUUCAGCAAUUAACCCUACCAUCAGUGGUGAUAAUAAAAAUGAAACGAAGGAACAAGUAGGGAUGAGGGGAAUGCAAAGAAGACAUUCUUAUGAUAUAAAUUAUUAUAAACGAGAACUUGAUCGUCAAGCUUAUCCACUAUCUCCUCCAUCAAUUAUUACCGUCAGCAGUACUAGUGCUAGUAGUAACAUUAAUACAUCUUCUCCAACUUCAUUUUUGCCACCUUCAUCAUCAUCAAAACAGACACCUCAUCAUAACUUUCAAAAUUUUGAAGCUACUUUAGGAUUUUCAAGCCCGGUACUUACACCCAUAAAUCCAAAUGUAAUCGAAAUAUAA